AUGGAGAGCAACAAAGCUAAGUCAACCUCCAAUGGAAUUGUUAAUGUUGCUACUAGUUCAACCCCUACUAAUAUGCCAAGAGAUGGAAGCACGACUGAAAGUAUUAUUGGUAGUAUCCUGUCCCAAAUUGAGGAACGCCAGACAGCCUACCAAGAACUUGUUCAUAGAUAUCGUGCUCUUUUUUCUUCUAAUGCUAGUGGAGAGAGAAUGACAGAUGCCUUAUUUGAACACCACAAGCGUAUAAAUAUUGGAUUGAGAGUUAGAGCUUUUGAUUUAAGCAUUAAGCUCCAUAAAUACGAGUCGCCCAAGUCAACAUGUCUGGACAACAAGGAGUGUUGUUCCAUCUGCUUGGAUGACUAUUGCGACAGGGAUGAACUCGCAGAAAUCGAUUGUAGCCAUGUAUAUCAUGUUGAUUGUAUUAAAGAGUGGAUCAAGCUCAAGAACUCUUGCCCUAUUUGCAAGAGGGAUGCGUUGGCUAUUCUAACCUGA